UCCAAUCCCCGCUCCAGGGCUAACGUCAACGCACACCGCAAGCAGCAGCAGAAGCAGCCCGAAGCGAAAGAACAAAAGGUAUCGUUAAACUUUUUCAUCGCAAGAUCGCUGUUCCGAAUAAAAACGCUACAAGGACGAAUUGCCGGAAAGCGAAAAAAAUCUGGUACAGCUAAACUAGUUAGUAGUUUUUCUCACAAUUCAAAGUACGAAUCAUGGCCAGCACAUCCCCGACAGCUCUCGACAAUUGGGUUAAAAAGGCAGAAGACCAGGAGAUCUCUAGUUUAGUAAACGAACUGAGUCUUUCCAAGGACACCGCACCGAAGGAAGGUGCUCCCACUGGUAGUUCCGCCGAUACAGCCACGAAUGCGGAUAAAACUGUACAACCAACGGCAGCGGAAGAUUCCGCUCGUACUUUUAGCACUGCCGCCGACCUGUUGGAGAAUCUAGCAUCGGAUAACGGGAAACCACCUUGCAGUGAGGAUGGAGAUUCAGUUUCCUCUGCCGAUAAGGCAGAAGCAUUUAACCCAGCGGACGCAAGUUUGUUGAUGAAAAUCAUUCGAAAAGGUCUAGUCGAGUCGAAGCUUGACCUCGAAGUUCAACGAAAGGAUCCUUCCUCUCCGUUGUAUUCCGUAAAAACAUUCGAAGCAUUGCAUUUAAAGCCGGAGCUUUUGCAGGGUGUGUAUGCGAUGGGUUUCAACGCACCGUCUAAGAUUCAGGAGACAGCAUUGCCAACCCUGCUGGCAGACCCUCCGCAAAACAUGAUUGCCCAGAGUCAAUCAGGGACAGGAAAAACGGCAGCUUUCGUGCUGGCUAUGCUUAGCCGAGUUAAUCCACUGAAGAACUAUCCCCAGGUCAUAUGUUUAUCACCGACGUAUGAGCUGGCAAUCCAGACCGGCGAGGUGGCAGCCAAAAUGGCAAAGUUUUGUCCGGAAAUCAAACUUCGCUAUGCUGUCCGAGGCGAGGAGAUUGCGAAAGGAGCGAAACUGAUCGAUCACAUCAUCAUCGGAACGCCCGGCAAACUGAUGGACUGGGGUAUCAAGUUUCGGGCAUUUGAUCUGAAGAAAAUUUCCGUUUUCGUGCUGGACGAGGCGGACGUCAUGAUUGCCACCCAGGGUCACCAGGAUCAGUGCAUCCGGAUACAUAAGCAGCUCUCUUCGUCCUGCCAGAUGAUGUUCUUUUCGGCGACGUACGAGCGAGAGGUGAUGGAGUUUGCCGAAUACAUCGUGCCGAAUCCGAUCGUUAUUCGUCUGGCCCGGGAGCAGGAGUCACUGGAUAAUAUCAAACAGUACUACGUCAAGUGUCGUAACCAGGAUGAGAAGUACCAGGCCAUCUCGAACAUUUACGGGGUGAUCACCGUGGGGCAGGCGAUCAUUUUUUGUCAUACUCGCAAAACGGCUGGCUGGCUGGCCGGCAAGAUGUCCGAAGACCGUCAUUCGGUGGCGGUACUAUCCGGCGAUCUGACAGUGGAGCAGCGACUGGCCGUACUGGAUCGAUUCCGGGCUGGCUUGGAGAAGGUUUUGAUCACGACUAACGUUUUGUCCCGAGGAAUCGACGUCGAGCAGGUUACCAUUGUCGUUAACUUUGAUCUGCCGAUGGACCAGCAAGGACGGGCGGAUUGUGAAACGUACUUGCAUCGAAUUGGGCGUACCGGAAGAUUCGGAAAGAACGGAAUUGCAAUCAACCUGGUGGACAGCGAUCGCAGUAUGCAGAUUUGCCGAUCGAUCGAAACGCACUUCCAGAAGAAGAUUCAACUGCUGGACGCAGAAAAUUCGGACGAAAUCGAAAAGAUCGGGUCGUAAGCUGGAGAUUCGGAAAAUUACCUUUCCCCUUUUUUUUUAACUAGAUUCUUACCAGAGAAUGGAUUCCAGUCCUCCUGAGGCGUUCUUGUUCUAGUUGUUUUGAACCGGUAGAACCGCAUUUUGUUACAUACUUGUUUAUGACACGGCAAGAAAAUGAAAGAAAGAGAAUGUUAAGCAUAUGUUCGGUUAAAUUUCUUAACCGAAGUGGCAAGAUGAAAAAAAAAAACGAACUAUUCAAGCGAUUACUAUAAGCAUACCAGACACAGUCACUCGGACGAACGAAAUAAGAAAAUUAAAUCGGACGGAAUAAUAUAAACAUUGCGCUUGCGAUACAAAGAAUUCGUAGCUUGGUUGGAAUCCGAAGCUUCCCGAAGGGCGAGAAAGGUAAGCUUAUUUUUGUUUUGUAGUUGGGAAAAGUGAUACGGGCAAUCAAAACGCUUCGUGUAUUUGUCGAAAAAACACUUUUCUUUCUUUAAAUCAUUAUCUUAUAUUUUUCGUUAACUCACGUUAUUGAUUCUUAAAAUUACAGUUUUCCUUUCCUUGUUUUAUUAAUUAAUAUCAAAAUGAGUUCUAUACUCUUAACAUUUUCCAUUUUUUUUAAUUCAUUUUCCAGUUGCUUUUUUUUCUUUUUAUAAUUUUUGCUGUUAUUUUAUAAUUUAUGUAACAGUUUAUUUUUUUAUUAUAACAAACAACAUUAGGAAUUACUUUUAUUUUUAUUUCGUUUAAAUGCCACAAUUGUUCCAAGCGUCCUUACGCCGGUGUGUGUGUAUGUGAUUCUUUCAACCGGUCGUGAACAAUCCGAGUGGUGUGUUUGUGUGUGUGUGUUUCACAGUCGAGUGUAGAAAUAAAACUGUCCGAAGACUCCAACUUGUCUCUUAAAUCCCCCUAAUUAAAGGACGGUUGGAACAAUUCCCUUUGUUAGUCUGGAUUGCUAUUUUUUUUGGUUUUAAUCCAUCGUAUGUGCUGUCGCGGUACCAGCUAAAAACAUACUACUUCAUCCGAUAAUCCUCGCCCCGGGGGAAGAAAGCCAACCUCUACGCGUGGGUUUGACUCUUUAGUUUUAGGAGGUAUGGAAUUGAAAUUUUGGGUUUAGCAAACACAAGCGCUUUUUUUUUCAGCGAAAGCUGAUACGGUUACUCUUGGGACGGGGACCGGAAGAGACGUCCGAGGCGAGGGUCGGGUUUCGGUUCUCGGGAAGCACUUUUAAAUUAUGUACUCCACUUGAGCUUGCCUGUCUGUGAGCUACGAGCUGAUUUUGGAAUCGUUUGAGUUAGUUUUUUUGCAGUUCCAUUUUCGGGUUCAGGAGCAAUUUGUGUUUGGGUUAUACAUAUAAAAAAUUGUUUAUAAUUUUCUAUUUUUUGUUUAUUAAUUUAUUUAGAAACCCGCCGAAAUGGGCACCGCAAAAAAUAUGGAGACACUUUAGAGGUUCCGGAAUUAACGUCCGUGUCACCUGCAUACGCAUGCGUUGCAUGAAUGUAUCGGUUUACUUUUGUGUGUCUUUUUUCCGUCGUUAUCUGUGUUUGUCUCAGAUUAAAUUACAACUCUGUUCAUUUCAAUGAUUUGUUCUUUUUAGUUAUGUAAAAUUUUCUGUAAGUCAUUUUUUUUUUGUUAUUUUGUUAGGCAGUGAUUAUCAACGUGUCGUAUACAGUGGCCACUCUUGCUGACGUUUAUUGCUCGGACUCAACUACGAUUCCAAUGCGCGCAUUCAAAAACUAGCUCGGCUGUGUUUGUGUGUCUGUAUGUGUUUGUUUGUUUCCUUGGGUACGCAACUAUGUAUUCUCUAAUAAAACUGACAUUUAAAAUACAGAAAUCCGGUUUGUUUGCUACUACGUACGGUAUUGGUUUUCAUUUCCGCCACAAGUUUACAGACAGGAUUUCUGUGAUCAUCCUGUUUGCUUCCUGUUUUUUUUGUUACAAACCUCUGAUUUUGCCCCUUCUUCACGUUCGAUAUAACAAACAUCUAAUCCUACAUUUUUAUUACAUUUUGACCUUCAACUUAGGUGCUAUUUUCCUUGAAGACGUUUCAACUGUUGUUCCUAAUGUGAGUGAUUGUGUGUACCAUGUAACAUUCUGUUCUUCGCUCUGUUUCGCAUGGAUGUUUGGGUGUGUGUGUGUGUGUGAGAGAGAGUUUGUGUGCGAGAUAUUUUGUCUGUGAUCUGUGAUGUGUUUCGCGAUCGGACAUUAAUAUACGUAUUACAGCGGGAUUGUAUCGGUUUGCUAGUUAUUGGUGAGAUUGCUGCUUGUUCUGUUGAUAGACGAGCACUAGUGAUGCAGCGGAGAACAAUUAAGCCGAGCUUCUUUCAUAUUUUUAGUACAGAGACCAGCUCCUUGUUAUGGGUACGUUUAUUAUAUUUACAUAAGCUUCAGUGUAAUAACAAACUAAUAGCAGCUUUUUUCAACUUUUCAGGUGACCGCAAAAAAGUAAACCCAGCCACAGGAAAAAAACGAACUUUUAAAACAUAUCCCAAAUAUAAUUCGUAAACCUCGUGCAACGAAGAAAAGGGAAGGUCAAACAAACUCAGCUAAAUGAUUCCCCGCAGAUUUGGUGCUAUCGGUUUAUGUUUCAAAACAUUAACCGUACCCUCAUCUGCCCGUCACUGCUUCGCUUCGCGUUGUGUUUGCAAAUAGAAAGAAAAUAACAUGUUUUAUUACGUUACUAUAUAAUAUACUAUGAAACCAAUGAAUGUUUUCGCUUCAACUCGCUUUUCCUUCCUUUUUUUCACAACUGUAAAAGGUAAUAGUACCGAACAGAAAAGCUUGCUACGUUCAAACUAGUGCUCCAUCCUUAUAACCCCAUUCGCCAUUUUCUUUUAGCUUCACUUAAAUGUACUAAAUUUUGUCGUUUCUGCGUUAGAAUAUUUACUCACAGAAGAACGAGACGAGUGGUGGAAUUCUUACUGGAAGUGCAUUUUAUUGGAUUUGUUUCCGCCUAUAGUUCAAAUUUUAAAGACCUAUUGGAAGAUUCGAGGGGAGUCGUAAUUCCCUUUGACGUUUUGUUUCAUGACCGUUUCGUCGUGCGCUAGUGGAUUUCCCGAGGUUGAUAAAUAACGUUUUUAGUGUGGUUACUGCUGUUUUUUUUCUUUAGCUAACGGUUAAAAGACGCGCCCAGCGUUCCACUCGCAUUCCAGCUCUGCUUAGUUUGCUGUCUUACGCGUUCGCGUGCGCGUUAGCGUGAGUGUAUAUGUUUAUCCUUUACCUUACGUGUGUGUAAGUAAAUGUAUGUGUGAGUGUGUUUUUGUUACUUGGACGCUCGUGUGUUUGUCAAUAUAUCUUGGUUAACCUUACUUUCCUGCUUCUGUUAAAUUAUACUUGUUUAUGUUCGUUACACAUCCAAUACAUGGUUAAUUGUUAUGUUUACUUAUUCGGUUAGUAUUUAGUUGUUAUUUGCAGUUUCACCUUUAAAUUCUUGCUUUGCAGUUGCAUUUUUCCUUUAGUUUAACUGUUUCAUGUUAUUCUCCCACCUCGUUUUUGAUUUUGGUUUCUAACACAACAAAAAAGGGUUCUCAUUCUCGUUAACAUACUCAAACGGGGAAGAUCUUGUAAGCGUGUUUUUUUCUCUCAACCUAAUCGUAGUCAACAAGUUGUGAAAAUUUUUUUUUUGAAAA